AUGAGCGCCAUGGCAGCUAAAGAUCCAACAACUAAUAAGAGAAUAUUCCGGCUUGCGACGAAAGCGUUCAAGUCCGGGUUCAGUUAUUUGGCAGUGGAAAGCAUCAAAACCACGAGGGCAGAAGCUGGCGAGCCUGCAUUUUCCGUCAAGACUGCCCACUGGAAGCGUCAUUACCCAGAUUUCACACUGUAUGUUGGCUCAGACCCUGACGCCCCAGAUGCAUCACCCGUGGCAUGUGCCUACCUGCCGGGCAUGUUUCGGUCAAGCAAAAUAGGUCUAGGCAAUGUCAAGAGUGCGCCAGAGACGGUUCAAUGGGAAACGAUGAAAAGCAAGAGUUUUGGUAGCACAGAUUACGAUUGGUCCAUGCCGCUGGUAUCUGGCAAACACCAGGAUCUGCAAUGGAAGCGAAGUAGGGAGCAUGCCAUCGACGGCAAAGAGCCGGGAAAGGGGCGAAGCUGGAUUCUCGUGGAGUCGGGGGACAGUGAUACCAUUCAUGCGAUAUUUCGAAUGCAUGGAGGAAUUGACCACUGCGCCACUGUCCAGAUUAAUAUGAAUCAAGGGUCUGAGUUUGAUUACAUGGUUCUCAUCACCGGGAUGCUUUUGUAA